AUGGCCAACUCGUACGCUCUCCCCCUGUCAGUCCUUGCGCGGAACGCAAGGCCUCAAUCGCUCCCGACGUCGCCUGCUAACCCUGCCGGCAAUAGAUUUAGUACCGCCUUUAAGUCAUUUUGGCACACAAUGACUACGUAUGAUAGACACUCAUCCUUUGACUCGCCUCAACGAACCGGCCGUCAUAUUCCGCUCCGAGACAGUAGAAGCGGCAUGCUCACCGGUGUCGCCACUGCAUCCGACUCCCGCGCCGACGUUUCCAACCCCUACUUUGACGAAGGCGCCUCCUCUACCCGCUACGAAGGCCACGGCGGCGCCUCCACCCCCAACGGCUCCUACUCCCCUGGCCUGCGCUCGUCCGUCGCCAAGCAAGCCAACGCUGACGGCUUCGAGGUCCAGGGCCAAGGCGAUGUCCAGAUGCAGGCCUUCUCCGACGGCCUGCCCCCACCUCCUCCCAUUCAGCAUUCCUGGCACCGUAUAGACACCUGGGCCGAGGACAACUACUUUGAGCUCUUUGACCAGCUCGGUGAGGGCUGCACCAUCAACGACCUCAACGACCUCGAGCACCAGCUCGACUGCUCCCUUCCCCAAGACGUUCGCGACUCUCUCAUGGUGCACGACGGCCAAGAACGUGGCGGCACCCCGACCGGUAUCAUUUUCAGCGGCAUGUUAAUGGAUGCCGAGGAGAUCGUUCAGGAGUGGGAGACUUGGAGACGCGUCAAUGAGCAGUACUUAUUGGACGCGGCCAAUAACCACCCUCCUCCCUCCAGCCAGGAAACUGGCGAGAGCUCCUCCCAUCAACGCCCUCCAUCUUCCUCCUCAAACCCCGACGCGUGGCAAGAAAACCUGCUCCAGAGGCAGCACUGUGUUCCCCCCAACAGCAUUCGAAAGGCCUACGCUCACGCUGGCUGGAUCCCCCUUGUUCGCGACUGGGGCGGCAACAACUUGGCCGUCGACCUGGCCCCUGGUCCCGCUGGCCGCUGGGGCCAGGUUAUUCUCUUCGGCCGCGACUACGACACCAAGUACGUCGUCGCCCGUUCCUGGGGCGCAUUCCUGGCUCUUGUUGCCGACGACCUCAACUCGGGAAAAUGGUACGUUGACGAGGACACCAACGAGCUCAAGCUGCGCGAAUUCAAAGAGACUCGUAUUGAGCCAUCGUACUUUAACAUCUUGCGGUGGCGCAUGGACCAAAAGCAUGGUCACCGCGCAGCCGCCGUUGCCGCCGGCAAAAGGAGGUCCAUGGCAUCACCCAAGGGCGGAUCUCCCCUUGGCAGCCGAUCUGCCUCGCCAUACAUGAGCCCCGUCGACGGCCCCAACGGCGACACGCGCGGCCGCUCCAUGCAGCGACCCACAGCAUCGUCACCCUUGGCCAGCCCCGGACGCCGCGGAUUUGGAAAGCCCCCGCCUCUCAGUAGGGUGACGGAGGAAAUGGUAAUGCCCAUUCUACGCGACGCCCAUAUUGAGCCUUCCACGCUUGUCGAAGUCGACGAAGAGCCCGACUCUCCCGGUAGCAGCAACGACCUCAAGAGCCCUGUUAGCGCCACGACAAGUACACUGCUUACUGGCCGCCGCGACUCCAACCUCCAUCGGGAGAAAGAAAACGAGCCGCCCAAGGCCAACGGCGAGCAGCACGAGGUUGCUGACGACGCCAUGAAGACGAUUGAGAUUUAA